AUGGUGUUAUUUGUGAAAGAUGGAAAAUUUUGAGUGUUAUUAACACAACUUUUUUUUUUCAUGCCAAGACACUUCAUUUCCCUAUACCUUAAACAGAUGUGAGAAUAACUUGGCCAAAGAAGAGGAACAAAAGUGAAGUGAGGAUAUGAAUAUAGAUGACCAAGUAAGCCUAGAACUUGGGUGGUGAUGGCUCUCAGUCAAACCCGAAAACCAAUCUGAUCCGAAACUUCAUACCGUUUGGCAUUCUCUAAGACUAACUUUGCUGAAAACAAGGAGCCUGACCAAUCCCCGUUACAUUUUCCUAUUACCCACUUCCUUUGAAUUUGAAACUAUAAAAAUGCAUUCCAGGUGUUUGUAGAAAUGCCGCACUCACUCUUCCACUUCCUUCUCUCUUCUUUCUCAGAACUUUCUCAUUUGUCGUUUCCUUGUGACACUUUCUUCUGGACCCAAAAGCCGAAAUGGGGAGGAUGGCAUACUUGGCUCUAAAUAGUGAUCCUCUAAUGGAGGAGUUGAUUAAUUCUGAUAUCAAUGAGCUUAAAAUUGCAGCCACCAGGCUUCUUGAACAUGCCACCAAGCUCGGUGGAAAGGGCCUUGGCACUUCUUUUUUCAAAUGGCUUGCCUCCUUUGCUGCCAUCUACUUGUUGAUUUUGGAUCGCACAAACUGGAGAACGAACAUGCUUACUUCACUUCUUGUUCCCUACAUUUUCUUCAGUCUUCCUCAAGGGAUUUUUGACUUAUUGAGAGGGGAUGCUGGGAAAUGGAUUGCCUUCGUCGCAGUGGUAUUAAGGCUCUUCUUUCCACGACAUUUCCCAGAUUGGUUGGAGAUUCCAGGGUCGUUGAUUCUGCUUCUAGUGGCAACACCAGGGUUCUUUGCACACACAUUGAGAGACCACUGGGCUGGGGUGCUCAUAUGUUUGAUAAUUGGAUGUUACCUUUUACAAGAGCACAUUCGUGCAUCUGGUGGCUUCAGAAACUCUCUUACUCAAACCCAUGGAAUUUCCAACACUCUCGGCAUCCUCCUCCUCCUUGUCUUCCCUGUUUGGGCCAUGAUUGCUCGUUUCUUCUAGCUCUAUACAACUCUCUCCCUUCCCAUUUCUUCACUUUGCAGCACACCCUUUGCAGAACUGAAGUUAAAAGAUUUUGUAACUUCUUUUUUCUUUUUUGCUUCUUUUCUUUUUACCCCUCUUCAUUUAUAUACCAUCAAUAUGAGAAAUUGAGAGUUUUUUGCACUUAUCACUGCCUAUACUUUUGUUUUCUUCUUUUGAUUCUUUUUCCAAAUAGUACCUUGCUUUGUAGGUUGAGAAAG